UAAAACAGUAUCAGUUCUUCAAAAUAUUUCUUUGUUUUAACAACAUAAGACAAACACAGACCUCUUUCAAAAUGUUCAAAUUGGUGGUGUUGUCUGCUUUAAUCGCAUUAACCGUUGCUGCUCCAUCUGGAUUACAUGGUGUUGUUACAUACCAAGCUGCAGCUCCAGUAGUAACAGCUCAUUCAGCCGUUGUUGGAUCCGUACCAACCUCAGUCAGCUCACACUCAAGCUCCGUUGUACACAGUGCUGCUUUGGCUCAUGCUGCUCCAGUUGCCGUUGCCCAUCAUGCCGCUCCAGUUGCCUACGCUCAUGCUGCCCCAGCUGUAGCUGUCCAUGCCGCACCAGCUUUAGCUGUAGCUCAUUCUGCUCCAGUUGUAACUGCUCAUUCAGCUGUUAUUGGUUCAGUACCAACCUCAGUCAGCUCACACUCAAGCUCUGUAGUUCAUAGCGCUGCUUUAGCUCAUGCCGCCCCAGCUGUAGCUGUAGCACACACACCUGUUCUUGCUUACUCAAGUCCACUUGUUCACUCAAGCUCCGUUGUACAUAGUGCUGCUUUAGCUCAUGCUGCUCCAGUUGCCGUUGCUCAUCAUGCCGCUCCAGUUGCCUACGCUCAUGCUGCCCCAGCUGUAGCUGUCCAUGCCGCACCAGCUUUAGCUGUAGCUCAUGCUGCUCCAGUUGUAACAGCUCAUUCAGCUGUUGUUGGAUCAGUACCAACCUCAGUCAGCUCACACUCAAGCUCUGUAGUACAUAGCGCUGCUUUAGCUCAUGCCGCCCCAGCUGUAGCUGUAGCACACACACCUGUUCUUGCUUACUCAAGCCCACUUGUUCAUGCUCAUGGAGCUCAUGUUGUUAAUGCCUGGUAAUUUCUUUAUUAAAUCUCUUCCUGUAUUUCCACCAUUUUCCUGCCCGUAUUUAUUGAUAAUGUGUAAUAUGUGUAUUUUUUGGAAACUUUUUUCUUUCCACCUUUUUGUAUAUUUC